UAUUUUCGUCAGACGCUCAGCGAUAGGUCAGCCGACAUUUUGAUUCAGCCGGGCUGUGACGCAGUACAGAAUCGGGAAAAGAAUAAUGCCUUUGCAUGCCAUUGGCUGGUCUAAAGAAGAGGACCACACCCUUGUGGAAUUAAUACAACCACACAAAUUUUUGUAUAACGUGCUCGACCCUUCAAGAAAGAAUAUUAUAGCCCGUGAAACAACAUGGCAGGAGAUUGCCCAAGUUUUAUCCAAACCAGUUGAAGAAUGCAAGAAACGGUGGCGUGGCCUCCGAGAUAGCUACACUAGGAGUAAACGUGUGGGUGCUAUGCACAAAACUAAGAUCGACAUAUUUGAGAAGCUGCAGUUCCUUGAUGAGUGCACUGGGGAGACUGCAGACAAUGUCCAUAACAUGAUCGAGGUUGUCAUGGAACAAAAAGAUGAGGAUUUGAAGCAGACUGAGCAGCAAGUCAUAACUGAUAACCAGGAAUAUUAUGAAAUAACAGUUGUGGAUGGACCUCAGGAAACACAAUUGAAGCCAUUUAUCAAAUUAGUGCCGUCAAAUCAAGAGCCUCAAGAUGAACAACCUGCUAAGAAAAGGCGAUCAGCUGCCGGCAGAAAAAAGGCUGUACCAAUACCCAAAGACAUACCACCUGUAAAAAUUCUACCAAAACCAGUAUUUUUAAACGGACCAAAGUUAGUUCGAUAUGUGAAUAACCCUAAAACGCCUGAGCAAAGAUCACAAGUUGUAGACAAACUAAUAGAAAAGGUUCUUAAGGAACAUACAAACGAAAUAGAUGUAUUCUUUAGAAGCAUGGCCGCUAGUGUAAAGAAAUUACAACCAAAUUUAAUACCGAAAGUCAAAAUGGAAGUGUGCAAUGUGAUAGCAAAAUAUGAGAUGCAAAGUUUUGAAAAGAAAACCCCUGAUUUUUGAUUCGUUUGAUUUGAACAAGAUACAGUUUGAUAACAUUGACUAGGUUCACUUUUUUCUCUAAUUCAAUCUUCUCUAUGUUCACAUUUUCAGCUAACACAAUAUAAGAUUUAUGAUAGAGCAGUACUAUUUAUAUUAAUAAAAAAUGUGAAUGGCCAUGGCCAAAAAAGGAGCUUUUUGAAAAAAAUGUUUUCUUUCAAGUGACAAUGUAAGAAAAAGUGAACUUAACCUGUCAGCAGACUGUAUUGGGUUGGAAUUAGAUGAAUAUCUAGAGAAUUAUGUUUAGAAUAUGAUAUAUUUAUGGUCACCUAGAGUGUAUAGAUUUAUAAGAUGUGAUAACUAUUAAAGUGAAUUUAUGAACAGAGAUUGUUAAAUGUUGAUUAUAGGCCCUAAAUAACAAAUUGAAAUAAAACUGUGUAUUUGUAAAUGAUACGUUAUUCAA